AUGGGACGGCGACACUCCCAACAUGCACCCACUCCUGGUUACUUUGGUUGUACACCUGCGACCUUGUAUUCUCCUAGCCCCGCCCUAGAGCCUGGCCUGCAGCCCGAUCAACUAGGAUUCCUCCCAUUUAGUCUGUGGGAAGAGAGUGUCGACUACGAUGAACGACCACCUAAAUACGUCUGCUACAGUAUCGCAUGGAAGCUUGUACUCAACCGCAAGACGGUGGGUAAAGUGACCGAAGAAGAUUUGGUCGUAGCGAAGUCAUUCUGGAGAACCACCUGGAUCUGGAACUUAUCUUCGAAGAGCCCGACUCUGGAUUCUUUAUUCAGAAGUACUAAAGCGUCUCUGAUUGAGCUGCCGCUCCAUGAUCUCACCUCCCCAUUCAACAUUACCGGCUACCAUUUUGACCACAGUUUCGCUAACUAA